AGCUUUGGGUAAACCUAGAAACACGGAGCCUUCCUAGGGCUUUGAAUAAACCUAGAAAGACGGUAAAGUGAAAAAAAAAUGUAUUUUAAUUUUAAGCAACAUUUUAUAUUACCUUAUGAGUUUCAAUAUAUUUAUGCCAAACGACCAUUAUGCCAAACGGCCAUUAUGCCAAAUGACCAUUAUGCCAAAUGAUUUUAUGCCAAAUGAUUUUAUGCCAAACGGCGUUAUGCCAAAUGACUUUAGGCCAAACGGCGUAGGACCAUAUCAAAGGACUGUCAGAAGUUGAGGCACUCAAGAUUCAAUAGUGCUACUUCUCCACAGCGUCUGUCCCAAUAUCGAAAACCAAUUUAACCACACAUCUUCUCAGUUGCUAGUGAAAACGCAUAUAGAAGCGCAACAUACUUUCGGAUCAAAAUCAACUGUUACGGCAUCAGCGAACGCGCCUUCGCUACCAAGAAGACCCCACCAACAACUGACGUCAAUGCUGACUAAAGAGAAGCCUUCCGGUAAAGAAAAAAAUAAACGUAGAAAGAAGACAUACUAGUUUACAAACGGAUCCUUGAUUACACAUGGUGGAACGUUUAGUGACAUACGACAGUUAGUGUAGACGGUUUCAUUUCUCCAAAAUUGAUUUAUUUGCUAAAACUAGUGAACAACUAUCUACAGUUUGUCAUCACAGUUUGUAUCACCAUUCACUGUCGCAGUUCGAUCAUAAAGUCACUAUCACAGCUUGUUACGAAAAGACCUUAUACUUACGAAUCUAAAACACCGAUCAGUACACGAUACUACCGUUGAGGACUUGAACCCCGGCAACAAGACCAUUAUAUUUACCAUAGCGCAGGCACUAAACGUUAAAUUUAACAAUCAAAUAAAUUGUUUAAAUCUACGGAAGCCUUAUAUCUUGUCGCCGAAUCGGGAACAAAUUAAAUUUAACGUUUAAUCGGAAUGUCGGAAACUGGCGUAUCGAGUAGUCCGAAAAGGAGUAACGUUACUGAUGGUGAAAGCUGCGGUCUUUGUCGAGGCGUUGAUACCAGUAGAAUGGUUCAAUGUGACGAGUGCGACAAAUGGUUCCACUACGACUGCGUGAAUGUGGACGAUAGCAUCGAGCAUAAGGACUGGAGUUGUAACUCUUGUGUGAGAAAAUCUCUAGAGCGGGAAAAGAGCGUCUUGAAGGAACAAACGGAAGAACUUCGACGGAAGCAAGAGCUAUGGAAACAGAGUCAGCAACAAAUGCAGCCAGAACAUACAGCUAAGCGGUCCGAAAAACCUGAAAUGGAACAGCAGAAACCAGUAGAGUCCGGGCAAGAGCAGUUGCAAUGGCAUAAACACCAGCAGCCGAGUACUUCGCGAGAGCAGUAUCCUGAAAGACAUGAAAUUAAUCAACAAUCACCGAUAACAAACACUGGAGCAAUUCCGAAACGCUUUAAUCAUCCAUCAAUCCCAGAAGUACAGCGGAAGCAACAGGGUGCGGAACCGUUGGCUAGUUCCACAGCUCGGAUGGCAACGAAUUCAAGGUGUAGCUAUAAGUGUCCAUCGAAGACUUCUAGGAAAAGAGUGAAAAUACAAGAGUUUCAAUCGAAGGCACUGAAAGCGAGGCAAUCGUUAGAGAAAAGACAGUUGGAAGAAUGUCUUGAACUUGAGCGGCAAAUGCUAGAGCUGGAAGAUUCUGAUGCCGACACUACGACGGAUAUGGACAAAGUUCAAGAGUGGCUGGGCAGCACGGACAUAUUUGAGGAACCGAAUUUGAAACCCGUAAAUGAAACAUUGUUACCUGGAUACACCGAAACCCCUCCGAAAACAGGAUCAGUGUUGAAGAACAAUCAAAUUAUGCGGACUGAAAGACCAGAUAAUGAAAUUCCAGUAACCUCUUUUCAUUUACCUGCUUCGAUGUCCACACCACACAGGAGUGAACUACCCCGGAAUCUUCGAGAUGAAAAUAACGGUUACCGGAAUGAACCAUUAAACAACAGUAACUUAGCAGCACGACAAACAGUUAAAGAUCUUCCUAGAUUUGGAGGAGAUCCGGAAGACUGGCCACGAUUUAUUGCGGCGUUUGAAAGAACCUCAAGAAUGUGUGCUUUCAGGAACGACGAACUGCUUGACCGAUUAGAAAGAUGCUUAUAUGAUCGGGCGUUCAGCGCCGUUAAGUGUCUUCUUUUGCACCCCGACAACGUUCCGAUUGUCAUAAACCGUUUGAAAACAUUGUUUGGAAACCCAGAUUCAAUCGUGGAUACUAUGGUGAAACGGGUCAAACAAAUGCCAAUACCGGAUGCCGACAAGUUGGAGACCAUGAUAGAUUUCGGAGUGGCAGUUCAGAAUUUGUGUGCUACUAUCCAGGCAUGUCGACUGGAUGAAUGCAUGUACGACCUCACCUUGCUACAAGAACUUGUGGAAAUGCUUCCAACACCGAUAAAAAUGAAAUGGGCCUAUCACCUACAAAAACACGGUGCCGCUACGCUACUAGAGUUUAAUGGGUGGAUCGGCAGAAUGGUGGAAGCCUUCAGCAAGGUUACACGGCCACGGGUUUCGAGAAAAGGCCAAAGCAAACCGAAAAGAGACGAAGUUUUUUUACACGUACAUACUGAUGAACAUUCAGAAGAUACCAUCCGGAGAACAUGUCUGGCAUGCAAUGAAGACUGCAACAAUCUGGAGCAGUGUAGACGGUUCCAGCUUAUGACCAUCGGAGCGCGCUGGUCACUGAUUAAAGAUAACAAUAUCUGUCGCAAAUGCCUAACUAAGCAUUCCAAGCCUUGCGAAAGAAAACCCUGCAACAAAAACGGAUGCAACUUUCUACACCACUGUUUACUACACGACGACAAAAAACAUAAAAGCUCAUCGUCUAUCGACAAUCCUGCACAGAACGCUUCUUGUAAUACGCAUCAUUGUCCGCUUGGAGGGGUCCUUCUAAAGUAUAUUCCGGUUACUCUACACGGCAAAGGGCGAUCUAUUUCUACGUUUGCGUUUUUUGAUGGGGGCUCAACAUGCACGUUGAUGGAACACGACCUGUGGAAAGAACUGGAUUUAAAUGGUGAAAAUUAUCCCCUGUGUAUCAACUGGACUGCUGGACAUGGCCGAUAUAAAGCUGAUUCGGUGAAAUGCUCACUAGAUAUUGCUGGUUAUCAACAAGGCGAAAGGUACCAUCUCUCCAAAGUGCACACCGUUCAAAGUUUAGAUCUCCCAGCCCAGUCAAUGUCCGUAGAUGACAAAACACUUCCGGUAUCUUUCGAAUAUUCCCAUUGAGUCCUAUAGCAACAUCAAGCCACAGAUUCUUUUAGGCAUGGAUAACAUACGCCUCGAAUAUCCAUUGACCUCUAGAGAAGGGCUCGAAAAUCAGCCCACGGCUGUUCUAACCCGUCUCGGUUGGGUGGUCUACGGACCUUGUUCAAUAGAUGAGCACAAGAUUGGAACUGCGAAGGAAGCUUUCAGCUACCAUAUAUGUCAGUGCGACGAGCUUUCAAAAGCAUGUAGAGAAUUUAUUGCUACGGACAACAUUGGUACACAGGCAAACGCAAAACGUCUCGUUUCGAAGGAUGAUGAACGAGCAUUACAGAUGCUAGAGUCGAAUACAGUUCAGAAAGGAAUGCGGUAUGAAACCGGGUUACUAUGGCGGUAUGAUGACGUACAACUACCGAGUAGUAAACCCAUGGCUCUGAAACGCCAUCAGUGCUUGCAAAGACGGAUGAACCGGGAACCGGAAUUGGCAAACGCGGUGUACCUGAAGCUUCAAGAAUACGCUUCUAAAGAUUACAUCCGCAAGUUGUCCGCCGAAGAGGAAUUCGAGCACACCGGCAAAACGUGGUAUCUUCCCAUCUACCCAGUUUUUAACCCGAACAAACCAGGGAAGCUAAGAAUCGUCUGGGAUGCUGCAGCUAUGGUUCAAGGUGUUUCUUUAAAUUCAUAUCUCCUUAAAGGACCUGAUCAAGUUACACCACUGCCACAUGUGCUCCAUCGAUUCUGCGAAUACUUGUGGGCAGUCUCCGGUGACAUUCGCGAAAUGUUUCACCAGAUCUUGAUUCAGAACAGCGAUCAGCACUGUCAAAGAUUUCUGUGGAACGACGGAAUACAGGGUGGAGAUCCAUCAACUUACGUCAUGAACGUUAUGACGUUCGGUGCAAGCUGCUCACCUAGUAGCGCACAGUUCGUCAAAAAUUAAAAUGCCGAACGAUUUGUCGAUCGACUUCCAGAGGCAGUCUUCGCUAUUCGCUUCGGAACAUACGUGGAUGAUAUGCUGUUUAGCUUGGAAUCAGAAAAUGAUGCCAUUAAGCUAGCUAAAGAUGUCCGAAGCAUUCACGCAGAAGGAGGGUUCGAAAUACGUGGAUGGCUGUCAAAUUCAAAAAAGUUAUUAGCUGAAUUGGGAGAGCGGGACGAAACCAUAAAAAACAUGAACCUGAACAGUAGCCUAGCCACGGAAAAGGUUCUCGGAAUGUGGUGGGAUACGAACAAAGAUGUUUUCACGUUCAAAAUCCCAAAACGGUGCAAACGGGAACUACUGCUUGGUCAAGAAGUCCCAACAAAACGCGAGGUUUUACGAGUCCUGAUGUUGAUUUAUGACCCUCUUGGGCUGAUUGCAAAUUUCUUAAUGUAUCUCAAGGUUUUACUCCAAGAGAUCUGGCGAGAGGGGACAAAAUGGGAUGACCCAAUAAACCACCAACAUUUUGCAAAAUGGCAAACCUGGCUUAAAGUCCUUGAGCAAGUAGAAACAGUUUCGAUACCACGGUGUUACAGGCGGACAACCACGCUAUCAGAGAAAACACAGAUCCAGCUGCAUGUUUUUGUCGACGCUAGCGAAAAAGGAUAUGCUGCCGUGGCAUAUUUACGUUUUGAAACAGGCCAACACAUCGAAUGCGCAUUUGUUACCGCCAAAACUCGCGUAGCCCCAUUAAAAUACGUAUCAAUUCCACGUCUUGAGCUCCAGGCGGCCGUGAUUGGCGUCAGACUCGCCAACGACAUCAGAGAAAGCCACAGAAUUCCUAUCAAAAAUCUUUUUUUUUUUGGUCUGAUUCAAGGGACGUGAUUUGCUGGCUCAGGUCGGACCACCGAAAAUAUAGCAGGUACGUAGGCGCGAGAGUUAGUGAAAUUCUUGAAAACACCGAACUUAAUGAAUGGAACUGGGUUCCUACAAAGAUGAAUGUAGCCGACGAAGGAACAAAUGGCAGAAGAUUCCAGAAUUUACAGCGUGCAUCCGAUGGUUUAGAGGCCCAGAGUUUAUCUGGAACAAACAAGAACAGUGGCCGCUGCAAACUCACCAGUAUGAACUAACUACCACUGAAAUGUUGCAAUCCGUGAAUGUACAUACUAUACAGGAACCCCUCAUGAACUUCGCAAAGUUUUCUAAAUGGUGGACCGUCGUGCGUGUCUAUGCAUUUGUUUUACGUUUCAUUCGAAACUAUCUGGCAAAAUCGAAGCCUCAAAACCGCACAACUGGAGUCCUUAAACAAGUUGAACUUCGAGAAGCGGAGAAUCACAUAUAUAAACUCGUUCAAAGGGAAGUGUUUCCGGAAGAGAUCGAUAUCCUAUCAAAGCCCAAUCGGAUGGAAGCUCGAGUUUCCAAAAGCAGCUCACUCUAUGGACUUUCACCCUUCCUGGAUAAUAAUGGGAUAUUACACAUGCGUGGGAGAAUUGCGGCAUGUAAAUUCAUUCCUCCUACAACCGCUCAUCCAAUCGUGUUACCCAAAGAACACCCAGUAACAGCACUUAUCGUAAUGUCUUGUCAUGAGCACUAUCGUCACACGAACCACGAAGCAGUCGUUAAUGAGCUCAGGCAGAAGUAUCAAAUCCCAAAACUUCGAAGAGUAUGUGAGAAACUGCGCAAAACGUGUCAAUGGUGCAAAAAUGUUAAGGCCCAACCGCAGCCUCCAAUGAUGGCAGACUUGCCACCAGCCCGACUUUCAGCGUAUUCUAGGCCAUUUUCGUACGUUGGCAUUGAUUAUUUCGGCCCAAUGCAGGUUACCAUUGGAAGGCGAACUGAAAAACGAUGGGGCGUACUCAUUACAUGCUUGGUAGUUAGAGCAGUACAUAUAGAGCUAGCUCACUCCCUUACAUCUAGCUCUUGCAUAAUGGCGAUACGAAACUUCAUAGCCCGACGAGGAACUCCAAUAGAGAUCUUCAGUGACCGU